CAAAAAGUGCGGACAACCUCACUUCGGAUACGAGUAUUGUCUUACCGGUAGUUCCAAGCUUUUCAUGGUCACAUGUGACUUGUUUCCCCCUUGACCCUGAAACUUUCAUCAAUUCUGAAUUACGCCAAUAAUGCUUCGUCGAAGUCAUAAAAAGUCCCGAGCAGGAUGUUCGGAAUGUAAAAAGCGUCAUAUCAAGUGUGAUGAAAACCACCCGGUGUGCGUUAAUUGCUCGACAGCCAGCAUGCAAUGUUCCUUUACUUCACCCGCUCUGUCUGUAAUAGCUCCAUGGAGGAACGAACCAAUGACCGUUAUGACGUUGGACCCAGCGUUAAAGAGUAUUUCACCCACCUCGACCUCAAGCUGCAUUCAUCCGGCACUAGUGCAGGCGGAGCCAUACGUCAAUGCCACCCACAUGGAACUCUUCUAUUUCAUUAUCGACGGCGCGGACUGGACAACUGGAGGCGACCACCUGAAAGGAUCCCGGCCACACAUAGUGAAAUACGCAUUCACCCACCCCUUCCUCCUGAACGAGCUUCUCGCCGUCUCAGCACUACAUCUCAGCACUCGUCGGCCAGCACAACAAUCAUUUUACCGCGAUGAAGCUACUCGUUUGCAGUCUCAAGGCCUGCGACUAUUUAACGAAACGACACAGGAUCUAAACAACGAGAACAUCAUUCCGGCUUUCCUUUUCUCGGCUCUCCAGGGCAUUGUGACCUUCUUUGAGACAUUCCAUGACCCAACGUAUGAAGCGAGUGACUACACGACUUUCUUUGACAAUGUCGUACAAUCCGUCAGACUCCUUCAAGGGGUUCGAGCCAUCGUGGCCCCCUGGUGGCAGUUUCUCCUAGCAUCAGAAAUCAAGGACAUUUUAGACGUAGACGAGGACAGAACUGUGAACCUGGACUGGGCCGACGAGGUCGUGGAUCGGUUCGAAAGCAUCCGCGCUCAUAUUUCACAGUCGCCCGAACUGAACCCGGCUCAGGCAGUAGUGUGCGACAAGGCAAUAGAGGAGUUGAUAUACGUCUACAGAGCUGCGUUUGCCCACGGGCGCGAGCCAACGCCUGAAGAACAAGCUGCUGCCCAACACUCCACCCGAUGGUUGAUACUUGUACCGCCGGGCUAUACAGAACUUCUUGUUCAGCGAAAACCCGAAGCAUUGGUAAUCUUGGGUUACUUUGCAAUACUGCUACAUAGACUUAGGGAUUGUUGGAAUGUUGGAGAUGCUGCAGAAAGGCUUUUGUUGGUUGUCGAAGCUCAUCUCGAGGAGCCGUGGCUCGGAGCAUUAUCGUGGCCAAUUUUUUUUGUCGAAAGCCACUUGAUUAGUUAGAACUUAGAUGUCAAGUCUCGGAUUCGGUCACUUACUAGAGAAGUAUGGUGCUCUUAAAUUUUCAGUACAUUCUAUUAAAGCCGCGAAUUUG